AAAAGAGAAAAAGAAGAGUGUAGUGGUGACCCCAACAGGAAAAGGACCAGCUUACCUGUCACUAUUUCACCCUCACCAUUCUCAUAGGAUACCAAACUCACUCUCUGAGCUCAAAGCCCUGCUACUUUUUCUCUCUCUUCUCUCUUUCUUUCUCUCCAUUCUUCAUUGCCUCCAUUGAGAGAGGAAGAAGAGAGACAAUUUGCUUAGCAAAACAUGGAAACUACCUCAGUUUCCAAGUUUCUGUUGCCAUUUCUCUGCUUUGCAUUGUUCAGCAGCAUCUUGGUGGUUCACUCAGCUGUCACCUACGACAGUAAAGCUCUCCUCAUCAAUGGCCAAAGGAGAAUCCUUAUCUCCGGUUCCAUACACUACCCCAGAAGUACCCCUGAUAUGUGGGAAGAUCUGAUUCAAAAGGCUAAAGAUGGAGGUUUGGAUGUGAUUGAAACCUAUGUCUUUUGGAAUGUUCAUGAGCCUUCACAGGGCAAUUACAAUUUUGAAGGAAGAUAUGACCUGGUGAGAUUUGUGAAGACAAUACAGAAAGCAGGACUGUAUGCUCAUCUUCGCAUUGGACCUUAUGUCUGUGCUGAAUGGAAUUUUGGAGGAUUUCCUGUUUGGCUGAAGUAUGUUCCAGGCAUCAGCUUUAGAACAGACAAUGAACCUUUCAAGAGGGCCAUGCAAGGGUUCACUGAGAAGAUUGUGGGAAUGAUGAAGAGUGAACAUCUCUAUGAAUCCCAGGGUGGCCCUAUCAUACUCUCUCAGAUUGAGAAUGAGUAUGGGAAACAAAGUCAGUUACUUGGAGCUGUUGGCAAAAAUUAUGUGAACUGGGCUGCAAAAAUGGCUGUGGAAAUGGGGACUGGAGUUCCAUGGGUAAUGUGCAAGGAAGAUGAUGCACCAGAUCCAGUGAUAAACACAUGCAAUGGUUUUUAUUGUGAUAAAUUUACUCCCAAUAGGGCCUACAAGCCUAGAAUUUGGACAGAGGCUUGGAGCGGCUGGUUUUCAGAAUUUGGAGGUCCAAUUUAUAAAAGACCUGUUCAGGAUUUGGCAUUUGCAGUUGGCCUAUUCAUACAAAAAGGGGGGUCCUUUGUAAACUACUACAUGUAUCAUGGAGGAACCAAUUUUGGCCGUACAGCCGGAGGCCCUUUUAUCACUACCAGCUAUGACUAUGAUGCUCCCCUGGAUGAAUAUGGAUUGAUUAGGCAACCAAAGUAUGGUCAUCUAAAGGAGCUUCAUAAGGCUAUCAAGAUGUGUGAACGGGCCUUAGUUUCAACUGAUCCAGUUGUUACUUCAUUAGGGAACUUCCAACAGGCUUAUGUAUACUCUACAAAAUCUGGAGAUUGUGCUGCUUUCCUCUCAAACUCUGACUCAAAAUCUGCUGUUAGAGUGAUGUUCAAUAACAUGCACUAUAACUUACCUCCUUGGUCCAUCAGCAUCCUCCCUGAUUGUAGAAAUGUUGUUUUUAACACAGCAAAAGUUGGAGUGCAAACAUCUCAGAUGGAAAUGUUGCCAACAAAUACUCAGAUGUUCUCCUGGGAAAGUUUUAAUGAAGAUAUUUCCUCUCUGGAAGACAGUUCUGCAGUUGCCAUCACUGCAACUGGUCUAUUGGAACAGAUUAAUGUGACACGGGAUACAAGUGAUUACCUUUGGUAUAUCACUAGUGUUGAUAUAGGUUCAUCCGAAUCCUUUCUACGUGGAGGCGAACUCCCCACCCUCAUUGUUCAGUCCACUGGCCAUGCUGUGCAUAUUUUUAUCAAUGGUCAACUUUCUGGUUCCGGCUAUGGAACAAGGGAGGAUAGGAGAUUCAGGUAUACUGGCCCAGUAAACCUUCGUGCAGGAACAAACACAAUAGCUCUGCUCAGUGUGGCUGUUGGGCUCCCAAACAUCGGUGGACAUUUUGAGACUUGGAACACAGGAAUCCUAGGUCCAAUUGCACUCCAUGGACUUGACAAGGGAAAGUUGGACUUGUCUUGGCAGAAAUGGACUUAUCAGGUGGGUCUGAAAGGAGAGGCCAUGAAUCUUGCAUCUCCAAAUGGUAUCUCUUCUGUAGAGUGGAUGCAGUCAGCAUUAGUUUUACAAAAAAAUCAGCCACUGACAUGGCACAAGACCUAUUUCAAUGCUCCUGAAGGAGACGAGCCUUUGGCAUUGGACAUGGAGGGUAUGGGUAAAGGUCAAAUAUGGAUUAAUGGGGAGAGUAUUGGAAGAUACUGGACAACUACAGCUACUGGUAAUUGCAAUGGCUGCAGCUAUGCCGGCUCAUUUAGACCUCCAAACUGCCAACUUGGUUGUGGCCAACCAACCCAACGAUGGUACCAUGUACCUCGAUCUUGGUUGAAGCCAAAUCAUAACCUUUUAGUUGUUUUCGAGGAACUCGGGGGAGACCCUUCAAGAAUUUCACUUGUAAAGAGAUCAGUGAGCAGUGUUUGUGCUGAUGUGUCAGAAUACCACCCUAAUUUUAAGAAUUGGCACAUUGAUAGCUAUGGCAAGUCAGAAGAGUUCCACCCUCCAAAGGUUCACUUGCAUUGUAGUCCUGGCCAGGCCAUCUCUUCCAUUAAAUUUGCAAGCUUUGGAACUCCUCUUGGAACCUGUGGGAAUUAUGAGCAGGGAACAUGUCAUUCUCCCGCGUCCUAUGCCAUCUUAGAGAAGAAGUGUAUAGGAAAGCGAAGAUGCAUAGUAACUGUAACAAACAGUAACUUUGGCCACGAUCCAUGUCCGAAUGUGUUGAAGCGGUUAUCAGUUGAAGCUGUUUGCGCUCCAACUGCUGCCAAUUAGAGGGGCUGAUUGGUUGCUGAAGCAGCUUUUUGCGUCUAGUCUUCAGUGACUUCACAAGUAAAGGAAUAGAAGAAUAGUUUUUUCAGGUAGAAAGUAGCUCUGUUCUUAUGUUAGUGCCAAAGGCACGUUGUUUUUAAUUUUACAUAGCGGUGUUGUGUUAACUAGCUUGCAUAAAUGAGUCAAUAUUGGAUAGGCGAAUCUGAAACCAAGGGUCUAAAAUAUGGAUCCUUGUGUGUGUGCAUUUGGAGUCAUAGUUCCCAGCCCUUCCAUGUUUUUUUCAACUGGAUGUGGGCAUUGGGAAGAUAGGAAAUUUCCUUGUUGUAAUGUCUUUUCGUUUGUCUUUGUCUUACUUACUGGAGUAAAUUAAACUCCAAGUCAGGUUCAAGUUGGGAACGGAUCCUAUUGCAACCAUUAUGUGAUGUAGUUUAUUUAAAGUUCA